UUAGUGCUACAGUGUCUCUGAGGAAAAAAAACACUGACGUAUAUUUAAUAACAUAACCUUUGAAAUUUGUCAAUUACCAUUCAUUAUAUUGCACAAACUGUCACUUGUUUGUAUUUAGUUAUUUUCUCUUUAUAAUUGAAUUAACAUCGUUGAACGAGGAACACGGAUUCAUACAUACAUAUAGAUAAGGAUUAAGGAAAUACGGAGUGCUUUAUUUUUUGUCGUCAGAACAAAUUUAUAUUAGACUUGUCAACAUUAAUCUCUUAUACGUUGAGUCACUCUCUGAAAAGGUCUCAACAUGAAAAAUUAGUGACUCUGGCAUUUGCUGGCUCAAUUGGAAUGACCUUUGUCAUUCUUGGUUGUGCGUUACCUGCUUAUAACAUAUGGUGGCCAUUCUUCGUUGUUCUUUUUUACAUAUUAGCACCAAUUCCGACUCUCAUAGCUCGGCGUUAUUCGGAGAUGGAACCUUCGGGUAGUAGCAGUAAUCCUUGUUUGGAGUUAGCGAUAUUCAUAACCACGGGAAUCGUUGUUUCAUCCUUUGCUCUACCCAUUGUUUUGGCACGUUCCCCCAUAGCUGAACCAGUGAUAAAAUGGGGUGCCUGUUACUUGACGUUGGCAGGAAACGUUGUCGUGUAUUUGACGCUCGUUGGGUUCUUUAUGACGUUUGAUCAGGACGAUUCCGACUACAGCAUUUGGUGAAGUUGUCUCGUUGAUCGCGCGAUUUCUCAUUUCGUAAUCGUACUUACUUACAACGGUAAGACGAGGCUCCCGUCUCAGCGAAUGUCGGAAAUUUCAAUUGGUCGUCGCAACUGAUCGAAAGUGAUCACGUAUUUUUUUUUUCUCUCUUCCGAGAUGGGGUUCGCAAUUCAUAUAAAUUUUUUGCGCAUCAAAAAUCGUAUCGAAAAUCCAAAACUAGCAGUUAUUAGAAUAAAUGCUCGAAGAUAAAUUAUGGCGAUGAAUAUUUAUGGAUUCGAGUUAAAAAUUUUUGGCAGAUCUUUUCUUUUUUCUGCCACAAUGACUGAUGUAACAUUCAUAUUUUUCUACGCGAAAUAAAACAGCAUUUGUGACAGCUUCUCGUUUGGGGCUUUCGGUACAAUUAUUUUUCUCAACCAAUUCAAUGGAAUAUUGGUUUUUCGACUGCCAAGCGUGAUAUUCCCUCUUGAAAAAUGGGCUUCGGGCACCAACCCCAUGAAUAUUGACUCGCUUGAAUUUUAUAAUUGGCUCAUUAUCACUACAAAAUAAAUAUAAAAAUACGACCAAUCGUCAUCUGUUUACGUGAGAUUAACAACAAAUAAACAAACAAAUAAAUAAUAAGAUAUGAAAAUAUUGUGUUUAAGAUUAGAUGUAUAGCUUAGAUAACGCGAUAGUAGUUCAUGGUUAGUGAAACAUAACAUUUUAUAUGCUAGAGCUACGAGCAUAUGUUGAUCUAUGAAAUUCAAUUAAAAUGAUCGAUUAUUGAAUAAAACGACUCUGUGAAAACCGCGUUUGCAUUUCUAAGAUAAAAUCACAAUCGUCAUACAUUGUCACUCUUGUGUUCUGGAGCAUAUGUUUUAUAACAGGUGAAAAACUGGGAAACAGAGAAAACGCAACAAUUAAAUUUGUUUUGCAAAAAUGAAAACACCAGAUUGUCAUACUCGAUUGAAAAAAAGGAAUUAAAAUUUUUUCGUUUGAUUAAAAAAUGGUGUCUAAAAAAUAUUAAAUUUUGUUUUCUUUCUAUCUUGUAAUCUUAUCUUUGCGAGAUUAAUAUAUGCAAACACGUUUUUUCUGAUAAGUAUGAGAAAAAUCUUGGGAACGGAGUGUAACGAAGGGAAAAAAUGGCUAGUCACCUGAUCGAAUAGCUCGAAUUUGUUGAACGAAAAAUCGACCUGAAAGUGUGACUGGGACAAAUUUUAUAUUUGCAAUGAAUUUACGAAAGCGGAAAAGAGCAUUUAACAGUUUUUUUACCAGCGAAAGUAAUAAAGUAUUGAAAACAAUAUUAAUCCAAGAA